AUGCCACCACCUCAUGGAGCUCGACCACUAUGGAUGAAAAAUUUGCUUGAAGCAAAUUUCUAUGGAGACAAUGAUACUUGUGACAUAGAAGGCCAUCGUUGGAAAACAGUUUUUUGCAAAAGCUGUAUGGAUGGACCGAUUUGCGGAAAAUGUUGCAGAGAUUUGCAUGAAAAUCAUGAUGUUUUGCAAGUUUACAAAGCAUCUAAACAGGUAGCAGUGCCCAAAGAUGAUAUAAUGGAAGAUAUGGAUACUGAUGGCAUACAGCCCUUCAUAGUUAAUUCCAGGCCAAUUUUCUUUUUGCAUGCAAAAGCUAACAAGUCGGUGCAGAAUGGCCAAAAGUGUGAGAUAUGUGAAGGACAUAUCAUGGAUCCAGAAUACAAGUUUUGUUCAAUCGCCUGCAAAGUUGAGUCCGUAGGAGGAACCUCUCUCAAUGGUGAAGUUGAUCAGCCACCGCCAAACAAUGGCCUAGAGGUUAAGGAUAACACCCAAGAAGUCCGGAAAGUCCAGCUUCCUAUAAGAACGCAUAGCAGAAAAACAACACCUAGUAGAUCACCACUCAACUAA